UUUAAGCUGAAAAAAACUCAACUAAUAGAAAUAUACCUAACUGAAACAAGCUAUAAAGCAGAUGAAGAAAUGGAGGGCCUCUCCUCUGACACCGAUUCAUUAUCAUGAUUACCAUCCCCGCCAUCAUGACGACCAUUACCUUACAGAGCCCGGACGAAAGUCUUUCUCUCUCCCGUAAUACACUGGGACAUGGGUAUCCUUUGAAUUCUCCUCACCCUCUAACGGCCGCGAGAUCCUUUCCGCCUGGGGUCUCCGCAUGGCCUGUGGGAUACGGCAGCAGGAUAGGCCAAGGAUGUGUGCAAAGCAUCGUCGACGGCAUGGACUGCGCCCACGGAACAAAUGUGGAUACGUUCAACAUGCGCCAGUGUGCCAAGGGACUGAACGAGACCUGCGGAGGGGCAUGGGGUGAACACGUCAGGUGCACCGCAAAACUUCACUGCUUCGUCGGAAAAUGCAGAAUCCAUACAUGGCUAAAUGCGGUUCUACAGUAUAUAGUUCGGAAGAAUCUCUGAUCACAACAAUGUAUGCGCUUGGGGAUUCGAAUCCCUAUUUUCCCCCUAUAUACUAAGAAUAUAUGUACAUAUGAUCAAAGCACUCACGGUAUUACUCCACUGGGUGUAUUUGUAUAAUGGUUCAAAGAUCUCCCGUGAAUUAUGUC